AUGGCCAGUACACUACGCAAUAUCAUUGUGGUGGGAGGCUCAUACGUGGGCAAGACUACCGCCCAAGAGUUGGCCCGCGUGGUUCCGGAGACACAUCGGGUCCUGUUGAUCGAGCCCCACAGCCAUUUUCACCAUCUCUUCACCUUCCCCCGUUUUGCUGUCAUUCCUGGCCAAGAGCAUAAAGCUUUUAUUCCAUAUACUGGCCUCUUUGCUCGUUCGAGUCAGCAUGCCGUGAUCCAGGCCCGUGCACUUUCUGUUCAGCCCCAACGGGUCCUCCUCGAUCGCGCAUGGCAGGGAUCAUGCUCUAUCUCCUUUGAAUAUCUUGUUGUGGCGACGGGAACCCGCCUUGCGCAACCGGCCGGUAUGAAGCACGACGACAAGCUGUCAUCCGUGUCAUACUUGCAGAAGCACCAGGCCGAUGUUCAACGGUCCCGGUCCAUCCUCAUUGUGGGCGGCGGGGCUGUCGGGGUGCAGAUGGCGACGGAUCUGAAGGAACGAUUUCCGGAGAAAGAGGUCACUGUGGUACAUUCACGUGGACAGUUAAUGCCAGGCUUCCAUGAACAGCUGCACGCUCUCGUCAAAGAGCGAUUUGACGAUCAGGGUGUCCGACUUGUGACGGGCUCGCGGGUCAUAGUACCAGAGGGCGGCUUCCAAAACGAUGGACAUCCAUUCAAUGUCGAGCUCACCGACGGAUCGAGAAUUUCCACCGAGUUUGUCAUCCUGGCUACCGGUCAAACGCCCAACAACCACCUGGUCAAGGAUCUUGUCCCGUCAGUUCCUGAGCCUAUGAUAAAUCCUGGCAACGGUUUCAUUCGGAUUCGGCCGACGAUGCAAUUCCAAGAUCCCCAAUACUCCAACCUCUUCGCCGUCGGCGAUAUUGCAGACACAGGGCUGCGCAAGGCGGCCCGUCCCGGUUCGGCACAGGCAGCGGUCGUCGCGCAGAACAUCCAGGCGAUGAUCGAGGGUCGCAGCCCGGAAGAAACAUUCCCGCGAAUGCCGGCAGCAAUUCACCUAACCCUGGGCAUGAAAUACAAUGUCAUUUUUCGAAACCCAAACGAGGCCGAAGGACAGACUGAACCGACGAUUUUCAAAAAGGAUGACGGUCAAGAGGAUAUGAACGUGGAGGGAUUCUGGCAGAGAUUGGGGGUAGAAGUCCGCACUCCCAAGCACUACCAUCUGUGA